GCUCCCCACCCUGAAGACAAGCUGAGUCUCAAAAUACGUCCAGGAGGCCGUUACAAAACCGACCGACCAAAAUCUGACAGGCCCGUUCGGCGAUUCCUCACAUGGAUUUAUGACCGACACAGUGUGGUAUCGAUGCAUAAAAAGUUAAGUUGACUCGCGCACUGAGGGGCACCGCACAACACUGCACUUACAGGAAUGGGUGCGUGCGUGUUUCAGAUAGCUCACUAAAGCGCCUGCCGAAUGACUCUAAAAACACCUCCGUCCGUGGCACUGCUACAGAGACGACGUAGGAACCUCUUUAUACACAACGACGUUACAUAGGUAUGGAAAAACAGGAACCGAAGGAGCCCGAGGUCCAACCGUGCGCUGAGCAGACAGAUUGCCUCUCAUUAAUAAUAAGCGGCGAGGAGGAGACGAUAGAAGACCCGACGGACUUUGGAGUUCCUUUGGGAGGUGAGGAUGGCAUCACUAACGGCCACAGUCGAGGGGAGGAGGACGAGGAGACCGGGAUCCCCUCAGUUUCAGCGCACACAUCCUACUGGAGUGUCAGCGAAGACCCCGAUGCCCCUUUCCUCCUGUCCCCCAUGCCUGGCCCCUCUCAGCUCAGAUCCCCAUCAUCACCGCUGGCCUCGCCGCCGCUGCCGCCUCCGGCCCGACCCGAACGGGCCUCACGCCCAGGCCUGAGCCGCAUCCCUGGCCGCGACCACCGGCGCUACUACCACGAGUACUGGCGCAGCGAGUACCUGAUGGACUUCGACCCGCGGCGGCACGGCAUGAUCUGCAUGGUGUGCGGCAGCUCGUUGGCCACCCUUAAACUGAGCACCAUCAAGCGACACAUCCGGCAGAAGCACCCGGACUCGCUGCUCUGGAGCGCCGCCGACAAGGAGCUCAUCCGGCAGGGCUGGGAGAGCCACCUUGGCCUGGAGGCCAGACAGAGGCCCUUCGGAUCGGGUGGAGGAGAGGACGAUGAAGAUGGAGAUGGAGGAGAGGGCGCAGUGACGAUAGCAGCGGCUGAGGAGAUGCUGGACUGUGCCCGGCGCUCUGCAGGUAAAGCUGCCGUUGUGACCCCUAAACGGACGCCGCCGUCAGGCAGCAGCAGCUGCAGCGCGGUGGCCCCCGCCUCUCCCCCCUCCUGCGGCCCGGCCGGCGAGGACUUCCAGAUGCCCUCGGCCCAGACGCUGGAGCGCUACCUGAACGACUCGCUGCACGCCUGGUUCCGGCAGGAGUUCCUGAUGGAGUACCAGGCGGAGGCGGGCCGGCUGGUGUGCAUGGUGUGCGGCAGCGCGCUGCCCUCGCUCCACCUGGAGCACAUCAAGAGCCACGUGCUGGAGCUCCACCCCAACUCACUGGUGUACAGCUCCGAGGAGAAGCACUGCAUCCUGCAGAGCUGGGCACAGACCCACGAAUCAGAGUCCAGCCCACUGCCAGAUUUUUUCAAGAUGGAGUCCGACGCCAAAGACCCCACCGACUCCGCUCCCCCCGUAGACCCGGCCGGCGGCUGCAUGGACUUCCUCCCGCAGGACGUCCUCCUCACGCCCCUCCCCGCCGACCCCACACCUCACCAGGUGGACAACAACAACAACAACAACAACAGCAGCAGCAGCAGCAGCAGCAGCAGCAGCCACAACAGCAACAGCAACAUGUCCUCCCCAUCUCCCUCUCUCCCUCCACCUCCACCUCCACCUCCAGCUCCACCCCCGCCCCCGCCCCUGCACCACCCUCCUCUGCGCUCCCCGGCCCGUAAGCGGCGUCUGCGGGACGGCUUCCCGUGGCGCCUGCGGCUGGACUACAUGGUGGCGUACGGGCCGCAGGGCGCCGGCUGCUACUGCAUGGUGUGCUGGCAGGCGCUGCCCGCCGCCAAGGUCAGCGGCUUCCGCCAGCACAUCCAGGAGAGCCACCCGGAGACCACGCGCCUCAGCCGCCGCGAGAGGGAGCAGGUGGCCGACGCCUGGGUGCGCGACGCGCCCUCGGGAGGGUCCAGCGGAGACCGGACGGAUGGAACAGCUGGGUCUCCAGCAGACAGCGUCACCCUGCCCAUAUCAGAUGGAGUGGACAGCCAGACGUCUCCCAAGAAGAGCAGUGGACAGACCAAAUCAAAGCAUCAGGACCCCAUCAGCUCUAAGGGCUCAUCCAAAAACGGGCCUGGCUCCAGUGACCCGGCGCUGGCCUCCCCCUCCUCCUCGUCGGGGCGCCACCACGGGCACUACCCGGGCAAAGACCAGCGGCGGAACUACCAGUCGCGCUGGCGCAGCGAGUACCUGAUGGACUACGACGGGCGGCGGCACGGGCUCAUCUGCAUGGUGUGCGGCGCCACGCUGGCCACGCUCAAGGUGAGCACCAUCAAGCGCCACAUCCAGCAGGUGCACCCGGCCUCGCUGGCGUACGGGCCGGAGGAGCGACAGCGCGCCCUGCAGGCCUACGGGCACACCGCGCCACCACCGCCACCGCCACCGCCGCUCCACUACGCGCCGCACAGCGCCGACGACGACGACUGCUUCUCCGCUCAGGACCACGAGGCCGCCUCCGGCCUGUUCGUCACUUAACCCCCCGGGGGGAAAAAGAGAGAGAGAAAGGGGGGAGGAGGAGGAGAAUGUGUUUACACUGAGGACGAUAGGUUUCAUUCUCACGGUUUCUCUCUUUUCUUUCACUUUUUUCCUCCCUGUGUGGAGAAGGGUGACCGUAGCGUGUGGCCAGUGAUGUUCUGCUCAUCACUGAACGGAAAGAAAGAAAGAGCGAUAGAAAAAAGAGGAGGAUGUGUGUUGCUCUGGUGCUCCUUCACACACUCUUCCUCUUUGACUUUGACUUUGUCCUUUUGUUUCACUUGUUUUCUCAGGAAAUGGGAAUGAAAGGCUGAUAUUUCCAAGGCUGUUGCAAAAUGCUUUAGUGAUAUUUUUUUUUCUGUAGAGCACUUUUUUACCCCCUUAACACAUGCACGUUACAAUGGAGCAAUUGUGAAGCGAAACUUUACAUGAUAGAUACCACUUAAAUUACAAAUACAUCCUUUAUGAUCUUGUGAUCCUUCAAAGGAGAUCUUAUUUGUAAAUGUGCUGUUUGAUCAACUAUUUCCUUCCCCAACUAACUGAGCUAAAUUUAAGAACAUUUUGCAUGAAAGUGGCAUUGGACAACCACGUCUACUUAAAAAAAAAAAUAGUACUUUUUUGUUAUCAAAAAUUUUGAUUUGGACUGCACUUUCUUAUUAUCCUCAGUGUAAAGAAAAUUACACAGAGGGGAAAAAAACUUUCCAUGCAUUGGACAUAUAGGUAUGAUUUUUUUACAAGCACUUUUAUGCAAUGCUAUUUGUACACCAACAAGGUUUGUAAAAAAAAAGCCCUUUUUUGUACGGACACUCAGUGGAGAGUGUGUGCGUGUGUGUGUGUGAGUGUGUAUGUAUGUGGAUACAAAGAUUACACUACAUAUUCCAUUUUGCAUGGAGGUCAUUGGUCAUGCAUGGUUUAUGGAAAGCAUGUUUCUUAUCUGUCAGAGCCAAGGUUGCCUGGGGCUGGUCUCUAAAGCUGGCAUCCAAGGUGGCACUAAAUAGCACACAAAUGCCUUCAUGAAGGUGAUCAUCUGUGUGAAAGCAUUGGCUAAAUUAUGGGCUAUAAAACAUGUUUCUUAUUCUUCCUUGUGUUGUUUCACAUUCCAUGCAGUUCAUAUGACCUUGAGAGGGCAUGUAGAACAGUUUGGAAUAGGCCGGUAAGUUCUAAUGGAUCUGAAGAAUGUGACCUAUGUCUUAAGACACUGGUUAGUGGGUCAUUUGGGCCUCUUGAAGAGCUAAGGUAGCCAUUACGUUUUAUAGGUGUUGGUUAAGCACACCGCACAUCUUGUGGCUUGAUUCCACGGUACUGUAUCUGUAUCUGAGAGUUAUGGCACCAAAUUGAGAUUUGUGGGAGUGUCUCUCGGUCAGUUCCCCUGUUCUGAGUGUACUUCAGGUUACUGCACUGGCCGCGGGUUACUCACGGCCCAAAGAUGACCGCAGGUAAGAGUGAGCUGUAGUGAGCUGUAGAGUCGAGGUUUCCAAAAAUUCCUAACAGGGCUUUUCGAGGCAGAUUAGGUAAACAGCACAACCUGAAGCCCCAAGGUGGAAUUGAUGGGUUACAUCAGCUGACACAAAACUGGAGCAGGGCCGACCCAACCCACAUCAAGAUUUUAGUAUCUCCAGAACCUUGCAUUUGUACAGUACCAUUCCAGAACCCAAUCCUUUGUUUCAGAUUAUUUGGCCCAUGUGGUUGUGGGGCAACGUCAACCACAACUCACCAGUUCAGAGGAUGAAACGGCAACAUUUCAUGAAGGUAUGAAUCUUACCGCUCUCAGUGAGCUGUGCUGUAUGUCUGAAAUUCACCUCCUGGUCUGUGACCACUUCUUAAUUGGAAGGGGGUAGCCGACUACAUUGAUGGCUUAGACAGCUGGGAAAGUUUUUUCACUGACUGAACAAGGGCAAAGCUUUUUCAUAUCUGGAAAAAGUGACACGUUAUCUCAAAGGGUGUUUUCGCCCAUGAUAAUCGUUUAUGGACUUCAACCUAACGUGUAAUUCAUUUGUUCCAAGUGUUCACAGCACGUUUCUGUAAAAGCUGUGAGGCAUUCGUUUUGGCCCACAUACACAAACUGCAGAGAUGACGUGUGAAUCAAACACAUGGCAUUGCCAGUUUGUAAGUCCUAACCAUGUAUGCUUUACAACGGGUCCCUCAAGAAAAAUAACACUGUACAUUUUAUAUGGAGGGUCCUGGAGGAAUGUUAUAAGCAAACAGGGGAAUCCAAAAAAAUGAUUUACUGAAUUAAUAUAUGUGACACACCAGACUUCAUCUUUGGUAGAGAUAGAAAUGGCAUUUUGUUAUGUUCUUAUUUUCCCUUGCUUUUCACAUUUUUUGCGACAUCACAUCUGUAUCCCUGGUGAGGAGGGCUGGAUGUUUUUGCUACGUGCUUUCUGAGCAUCUGCCUGACCUUGUAAUAAAAAACCAC